AUGGCGCAGCUGUGGCAGCAGAAGAGGUGGAGAUCGUCGACCAAGCCUAGGUACAAUCACGGACUGGUACCGCCGCACAUCGCCCAGCAACUCGCGCCAUUUGCGUUCCCCGACCAUCCAUUCCACGAUCCCGCCUCCCCGCCGCGUUACUCGCUCGAGUGCGAACUUCUCUGGCGUGCCGUGCCGGAGGAGACGUGGUUGACCAAGGUGGACCACGAAGCCGGGGUCUUGGGGCAGCUGUACACGGUGCAGGAGAAUCCUGGCGAAGGGAGGACAGUACAAGCCGAGCCCAAGGAGUUGCAGCAGGAACUGGCUGAUCGCGUCUACGACGUGAGGAUGGGCUACACGGUGCUCGUCCACGCGCAACAACGCUUCUACGACUGGCUUCGCAGGCGGCAUCUUCCGGUGCAGUACGUCUAUCAAGGUCUCGAAGAGUACGCGGAGGGUUCUGCAGCAGGACCGUUGCCGUAUUGGCCGCCGGCGGCGCGGCACAAGUGCUCAGAGGGUGCCAAUGUGCGGGCAGAUUGGCUGUUGGGGCGCUUUGUGGCCGAACGAAGCUGCACAGGACAUCUGGGCCCAGCGCAACUCGCCUUCCUCAACACCGACGAUCCGAGCUACUUCAACGACUGCGUAUUGCCGGCAAUCGUCGUCGUACCGCCGCGCAAUCCUUCAGCACGCAUCAUGGGUCUCUCGCGUGCCCAAAAACCCGCUCCGCCUCCCCUUUAUUCGUCUGAUGAGGACAACGACGAGCCUCAUUGCACCGAUUCGUCGCCCGACUCGUCCUUCUCCAAGGGUCACUCGUCAGACUCUGGCCGCGGCCUGAUUUCCGACCUCAUCGACCUCGACAACGAACCCUGCCCCCCAUUUCCCCGUUCUUACGCCGCACUCUAG